GGAUGGAGGAGAGUUUUAGUUCAAGUCGCCAUUUAGUACUGGAAGCUAAGCGAAAAAUAAGCGAGUUGAGGUCUUUCUUCCAUUAUAAGUGAAUGUGGCGAUUUAAUUUACGUAAGAGCGUAAUUUCCAGGCAUUUUUCAUUCAUAUUGAAAUAUUUAUUGCAAUAAGUUGCUUCCAGUGCAUUGGACGAAAACGUAAACUCGUAUUGUACAAUAGAUUAUAUUAAGUGUAUUAUAUAUUAUACUGUUAAUUUUUUGUUAGUUAUUUCGAGUCGUUGCUUGCAACCUUGUGAAUACAUUUGAGUGGACAUCGUAUUGCUUCGACACUAGCAGGGGCAACCGGAGAUCGUGUCUUAGCUGUCAAUUUAUUUUUUUGUUUUUUUUCCUCUUCAAAAUAUGGAAGCGCAUGUUUUAAUUUGACGAAGGGGUGGAGGGGUUUCCCCCUUCUCCCGAAUUCAAAAGUGAAAACCUUGGAGUUUAUUUUGUAAACCCUGUUCUCCACCCCAACCCAGAUUAUCCUUCGUACGUGCUCAUAGUUUACCUUAAGACCCAGGAAAGGACCCGAUCCGCCCAACCAGGCCCAGAAAGAAGGCCUCGGGAUUCAGGAAGAAGACGACAAAAGCGCAACUUUUUUUCGAGAUGAAUGGUAUGGAUAUCGUUUAAUAACACCAACGGUUGACAAGCUUCAGGCGUCGUGGACUGGCACGCCUGUCCAUUCCCUGCAAUGACUGAAUCGCAGACUUACAAGAUAUUCCAUUUUCGAUCAGAGACAAAGCAGAAUCGCCUGGCCGGUUACAGUUGUCUGCAUCGGACCUCCAAAUGUUAGGAUGAUGUGAUUAUCUUUGGACUUAAAAAUAAUCUGCACAAAGUUCGGUUUACUAAUUUGAGGUGUUUGUGCAAACGGACAAUCGGUAAUGUUUGCUUAUUUUGCAAUGUUACGUACUUGGGACUGAGUGGAAUAAAGCGGUUCGAUUGUGGAUCAAUUCAGACGAACGACAACUUCGUAACAUAUUUUUUUUCCAUUUCGUUAUUCGAUGUGUUUGUGGAUAUGAUUUUGAAAGGCUUGGAUUUCUUAGUGAACUGCAUAAUGGGGAUACUCAUUUCAGUGUCACUGAAAGAGUAGCCUGCACCAAGUACAACUUUUCUCUGUUAUUCUUGGUACUGAUAAUGGGGAAGAUUCCGGUGAACGUUGGAUGUCAUCCAGAUUGAAUCCUUGGUCUCAUGGAGGAUGCCAAAUUGAAAACAAACUCUUCCUCAAUGAAGCAAGGUCUGGAAUACAAACACAUGCUUUCUGUGCAGAAUAUGAAGCUAGUACGUCCAUGUUGACACACAUAUAUAUAUAUAUAUAUAUAUAUAUUUGUAAUUGCUUAUUGAGAGCUGUCUUUGUUACACGGAAGAAUGGAUGGAUUGGUUUGGAUAGUUUACAGUUAUCCUAAUUUACGGUUACUCUUCUGUAACAGUGUUUUACUCUUGAUUAUAAAAAGACAUCACUGUUCCAGGGAUCUUGUCCUAUAAGUUGUAAUUCCUCCAGCCUUGACUUACAGAAUUACUUAAAGGAGACAUUGGAAGAAAACUUUACCAUUAUAUUUUUGUAAGGCUUAAAACAUAAAAGAAAAAAUGUCAGAAAACCAAGACAUUGUAACAUUUUUGUCUCCCCCGAAGAAUGGUACAGGUUCCAGUUCUGAUACUUCAUUGGGGGACAGGUUGGCAGGUGGUCAUUUUAAGGAGAAAGAUGAAGAAACUGUCAGAAGACGUAGACAUACUAUGGAUAAGGAUAGUAAAACUGCAGAGCAUCGCUUCUUUAGACGGAGUGUUAUUUGUGACUCUAAUGCCACAGCCCUGGAUCUGCCGAGCAAAUCUUUUUUAUUGGCGUCUCCACCUGAUUCUGACUCUUAUUCAUCCUUCCAUAUGGACACUAGUUUUGGCACCACAAUUGUUUUGCCACCUGCAAUUGAAUUGCCUAACGAGUCACAACUGGGAAUAUCUACUGAUGGUAAUGGGCGACUGAAAGAACUGAGACCAGUAGUGCUGGGCAUUGGUGACACCAAAAUAAAAGAAUUAUCACCCGUAGUAGGUAGUGAAGUAUUUGACUUUGUUGACCAAUCUGGAGUGGAUGGCAUUGUAAGUGGCACCAUAGGUCUUGAAAACAAUCUAAAGGGGAAGGAGUUUGAAGAAGAAAAGACUGAAACCAGUGUCCAAAGUGAGGAAGAUGCUGAGCAGAAGGCAGAGGCAGAGAUUCGUGCAGCAGAGAAGAAGCAACAGGAAGAAAAUGAGGAAGUGGAGACCAAAGCAGUGGGGACAUCUCCUGAUGGUCGCUUUCUUAAGUUUGACAUUGAGAUUGGCAGAGGCUCCUUUAAAACGGUCUACAAGGGCCUGGAUACUGAAACAACUGUGGAGGUUGCAUGGUGUGAGUUGCAGGAUCGAAAGCUUACAAAGUCAGAAAGGCAGAGAUUUAAAGAAGAAGCUGGCAUGCUGAAAGGUCUUCAGCAUCCAAAUAUUGUUCGCUUUUAUGAUUCUUGGGAAUCUCCAUCGAAAGGAAAGAAAUGCAUUGUUCUUGUAACAGAGCUGAUGACAUCUGGCACACUGAAAACGUAUUUGAAGCGCUUCAAGGUAAUGAAGAUUAAAGUACUUAGAAGCUGGUGUAGACAAAUACUGAAGGGUCUGCAGUUCUUGCACACAAGGACACCUCCCAUUAUCCACAGAGACUUGAAGUGUGACAAUAUUUUCAUUACUGGUCCUACUGGCUCAGUCAAGAUUGGUGAUCUUGGUCUUGCCACUUUAAAGCGAGCUUCAUUUGCAAAGAGUGUCAUAGGUACCCCUGAGUUCAUGGCCCCAGAGAUGUAUGAGGAGAAAUAUGACGAGUCUGUGGAUGUUUACGCAUUUGGGAUGUGUAUGUUGGAGAUGGCUACUUCCGAGUACCCGUACUCAGAGUGUCAUAAUGCAGCACAGAUCUACCGUAGAGUAACAAGUGGUGUAAAGCCUGCCAGCUUUGACAAGGUAGCUAUUCCUGAAGUGAAAGAAAUCAUUGAGGGAUGCAUUCGGCAAAACAAAGACGAAAGAUAUGCUAUCAAGGACCUUUUGAAUCACGCCUUCUUUCAGGAAGAGACUGGUGUCCGUGUGGAACUUGCAGAGGAGGAUGAUGGAGAAAAGAUUGCCAUUAAACUUUGGCUUAGAAUAGAAGAUAUUAAAAAGCUGAAGGGAAAGUAUAAGGAUAAUGAAGCCAUUGAGUUUUCUUUUGACCUAGAAAGGGAUGUCCCAGAGGAUGUUGCACAAGAGAUGGUUGAGUCUGGAUAUGUGUGUGAAGGUGAUCACAAGACCAUGGCAAAAGCAAUUAAGGAUCGUGUUUCGCUCAUUAAGCGUAAACGAGAGCAGCGUCAGUUAGUACGUGAGGAACAAGAAAAGAGAAAACAAGAGGAGCAACAAGUGGAACUCCAGAAUCAGCUGGGACACACAAGUUCUACCCAGUCUGCACAGGGCCAGCAGGCAAAUGUAUCUGCCACCGUUUCAAGCACAGUCACUACCUCGACCACUGCUACUAUCUCAGCAGGCCUGCCAGCUCAGGUGGAGCCAGAGGAGCCAGAAGCUGACCAGCACCAGCAACUUCUUUACCAGCAAGCUGGUGUUUCAGUUGCAUCUGAUGGUACAGUUGACAGUGGACAGGGCUCAUCUAUUUAUUCAGAGUCUCAUCUUAGUCAGCAAAAUUUAUCUUAUGGUUCGCCACCUGAUCCAGUUCUACCUAGUCAAGUCCCAGGAUGCACAUCAACAUCUGUCCAGCAAUCCCAGUUGGGAACAAUGUCAUCAUCAUUAUUACAGCAGCCAGUAGUGCCACAGACUACGAUGCACCCAUACAGGGGAGCCCCUGCAUUCUCAGAUACCCAGGUCAUUUUUCCGGACAGGCCUAUCUCCUUCUCUCCGCCUCCUGCUUGUCCUCCCAAAAUGGCUAUUAACCAGAGGCGGAAAAGCACAUCCUUCUUAGAAGCUCACAACAGACAGUUCCAACCAGCUUCCUGGAAUCUUGGCUACUCUCUUCAUUCAUUUGGUGGUGAAAAUGUGAAAAGAACUUCAGAAUCUCUGCUUAUUAUGCCUGGAAUAGGCCCACAUUGGUCGGUAACAGAACCUGUUCACAUACAAAACAAUGUGUCAUCUGAUAACCUGAAUAAAAUGCAAAGAACAGAUCUUGUAAUUCAUGAUGACACUAUGCAGAGAUUUACUCAUUCUGCCAUGAUGACGAGAGGUGUUCAGGCAGUUCCGGAUAAGUAUGGCAUAAAUCUGACAGUUCAUCCAUUAAAGCAAAUUAGUCUUAACCAGCAAGUGCAUCCUUCUGGAGGCCUUAAUUGUGACUUUCCUCAAUUUGACCAAACUUUUCAUCCACCUAAGGUACAAAGUAUGCAGUUGGAUCACAGCACUGUAACUCCUUUUCUGCCCGCUUCUCUGUGCUCUGGAUCUACAAAUCCCACUUCCACAGAUGGAAACCUUUGGUAUCAACACAUUUCCUUCCCACAUUCAGCACCACCUGUAUUAACAUCCACAGAUGACAACAUAAGCAGUGGAGGUAGCUCUGUUUUUGAAUUCCAUGUUCACAACAUGCCAAUGGAAAAUACUGGCUUUACAUCUCCCCAAAGAAUGUACAGAAGUCGACGAGGUUCCACGGAUUUCAAUUUAGAGGAUUCUUCCCAGUCUGCUCAAAGCAAUGGGCAUUGUAGUCGACUGCAGCCUGUUACAGAGGAGCAAUAUAACUACACAAGUCCAGAGCUUCCUUUACCACCAGGAAAUGUAUUGCUGCAUGGUAUCAUAGAUCACAGCCCAGAACUUUCCAGUGACUCAUCACAGUUUACCUCCUCAGACACAGGAGAGUUUAUGUCCCCACCACCUCAUGGAGUUUUUUCUGGAACUCUUGGAGAUGUGUCAUAUGCUCAACCAAUGCCUCACAGUUAUUUCGGUGUAGGCCACCAAAACUUUACUGCUUCACAUUCUAGUCAGUCAUCUAUGUUACUUCUACAUUCUGCUGAUUCAGGUGGACUAAUGUCUCAACGUCAUGUCUUGGAAGGUUCCUGGGCUACAAAUUCAUCCUUAAAUCAAGCUGUUGCAAAGGAUAGUAGAUUCACUGAAUCUCCUAUGGCUCAUUGCCUUUCUUUGCCCCAGAUUUCCAGCCAGCAGCAUUCAAAUACCCUGUCCCUUCCAGCUAAUACUCAGCUGCAGAUUGCUGCCUCUCAGCAGCCUCCAGGUCAGCAGAAUUCUCAUGUUCCUUCCUCAAAUCUCAUUGGACACUACAUUGCACCACAACAGCAGUCAGUGCCUCCCUCUGUACCUCCUGCAGUCAUCCCUGCUUCUCAUCUCAGUCAGUCUCAUGUAAUUCAGACAAACCAGGUCCCCAACCCAACACAGCCUCCUGUGCCUCAACCAGUGCACCCCUUUCAUGGUGAAACUUCACUUUCUUCAGUUCUGGCUUCCAAUCUCCCACAAUCAAGCUCUCUCCCCUCAUCUUCCCAUUAUCAAGCUCUUGGACAGACUUUACCUACCACUUCCUAUCAACCACAGCUGUUCAAUGCUAAUGCUGUUUUGUCCACAUCAACAUCACAUGUCCCUAUCGCACAGGUGGGUUUCACUCAGCCUUCACUUCACCUGAACAAUCCUAUGACAACCAGCCUUUCCCAGCAACCUCAGAUGUCUGGACCACCACUGAUAGUAGCUGCACCAACAGCAUCUAUUGAUGCUCAGACGAUCAUUUCAUCAAGCCAGGUUGUUCCUGUGACUCUAACAGCAGCUCUACUGCCCACACAAAUCUUAGGUGGUCAGCCUCUUCCUGUAGUUUCAACUGUGCCAGCAACAUGUGAUAUGCAAUUUCAACAUGGAGAUCUUCAACAAGAGAUUCCUCAGAAUGUAGCUCAGGCAUUGCCAAAUGAGCAUUUCCAGGGUUUGAUUAAUCAAGUUGCUUCAGGCAUUGAUAGUGCACAUUCUGAUGUGUCUGGAAUGAGUGAUGGAAAUGAAGGGAUGACUAGCAGCAGUGGAAAACAUGAAGGAAGACCAGCUAAGCGGCAUUUUCGAAAGUCUGUCAGGAGUCGCUCACGGCAUGAGAAGAUGUCCCGUGCCAAAUUGCGUAUUCUAAAUGUGUCUAAUAAAGGAGAUAGAGUUGCCGAGUGUCAGUUAGAAACACACAAUAGGAAAAUGGUUACUUUCAAAUUUGACUUGGAUGGUGAUAACCCAGAAGAAAUUGCUGAAAUAAUGGUUGAAAGUGAGUUUAUCUUGGAGAGUGAGAGAGAUUCCUUCAUUGACCAGGUGCGUGAAAUUAUUGAGAGGGCUGAUGAAAUGCUAAGUGAAGAUGCCAGUGGAGAGCCUGAAGGUGAACAAGGUUUAGAGAGAGAUAGUGUAAAAGGGACAUCCUUCUUCCCGGAAUCCCAGAUUUUGAACGACUUCAGGGUACCAGAGCCUGCAAUUCCCCAAUACAUGGGAAGCCAGGCUGGUACGGCAACCCAAGUCGUACAUUCUGCAGGUCGUCGUUUCAUAGUGAGUCCAGUUCCAGAGGCAAGGCUGAAAGAACCUUUUUUUUCUACGGCAGCCACGUCAACCAGAGAAGUGCCAGUUACAGCACCAGUUUUGAACCUCUCUCACUCUGCAUCUUCUGUUAGCCUGCAGCAAGCCUUUACUGAGUUGCGGCAUGGCCACUAUCAGGAGGGGCCUAGCACUGCUCCACCCAUCAUUAAUCUCCCUGUGCCCCCAUUGCCCGUUUCUGUUCCAGUUAACAGUACUGUUGCUGGCAUUGUUCCAGUCACUACAGGAGGUGCCCCAGUCUCUACCCCAUCCACUGUCCAAAUUGCAUCAUCUCCUUUCAUCCAGUCACAAAGUGUUAGCACUGAGACAUGCUCGACUUCCAUAACUACUGCCUCAAAAACUUUGCCGCAUCCUGAUGUGAGCUCUGUACUCAAUGUCUCCAUAUCCAUUCCAUCUCCUUCAACAGUUCAGUUGCAGCAACAACCUAUUUCCCAGGUGACUUCUGUGGAAUCUACUUUUCUGAAUGCAGUGACAAUGCCUUUGGUAUCUCAGGCAGGACAGCAGGUUAUUUAUUCUGGAGUUAGUUCUUUAUCUCCACCUUUGUCAGUGUCUCAGUCUACACAACAGCCUCUUUUAGGGGUUGCUUCCAGUAUCAGUGCCCCAGCUUCCAUAGUUCCACAUUUGGCAUCUCAGCCAGUCCAAACUACCAGUGUCCUUUUGCCAAAUAUCAAUCUUCCCACCUCUGCUACUUUUCCUAUGACAUCUGUGUCAACGCAACAAGUCAUAGGUGUUCCAACAAGUAUCUCUGUACAAACAUCAGCUUCACAACCUUGUCCUGUGAUUACCAAUACUGGCACGAACAUUCAUGAUCUGCUGCCUUCCAUAAUCCCAGUACUUCCUGAACCCUCCCAGUCAUCCUUAGUUAUGACAGUGCCAGUAUCUGUUCCUUCACUCGCCACAGUUUCAACUACCCAAGCACUUGUAUCACAACCAGCUGCUAUGCCUCCUCCAAUUGUACAUUCUGCUAUGUCAGGUUUGACCUUUCCAUCUAGCAGUGGUCCUCAGCUAGCUCCCCUGGCUCCUGUCCCCUGCUCUCUGCCUGUUGCUAGUAGUGCUCCAGUAGUUCAGCAGACAUUAGUUCAAACCCAGCCCCAGUCUGCCCCUUUGCCAAACCAGCCUCAUGUACACAAUGCAGAAUGUGAAAGUGACUUGCAGCCUAAAGCUCCUGGUAUUGAUGAUAUAAAAACACUGGAUCAAAAAUUACGUUCUUUGUUUAGUGAACAUAGUGCAGCAUUAACCUCUAGUCAAGUAGAGCCUGCUGAUAAUGCAGGAACACCAGGCCAGGCUAGUGCCCCAGGUACAGCAGGAACCACAUCUACCACACCUAUGAUUGUACCCCCAACCAGCCUCCCUCUUGGACCAACAGGGCUCCCUAUCAGUACGCCAGUAGCCACACCAGGGCAGGUGUGCACACCAGCAGCAUAUGGUCAGAUUUCAUCUACAGCAGUGCCAGGAACAAGAGCAGGAACACCACCUGCCAAACUGCCUCUAGGAAGAGUUCCGGUGUUACCUGUAGGUGCAGAAUUACAAGCUGGCACGCCACCUACUGAAAACCUGCCACCUUUUCCAGGACCUUCACUAACCCAGUCUCAGCAGCCUUUGGAAGAUCUUGAUGCCCAGCUAAGACGCGCACUUAGCCCAGAGACUGUGCCAGUAAACUCCAUGACACAGAUUACACCUUCAACAACAAGCUCUGAUAUUUCGGUUCAUCCUGUGGUUUCAGAGCCACCAUCUCAGCAUGGAGAUUGGCAUUCUGGAUCAGGAAUUCAGUGUGGUCGUUUUCAUGUAACAGUUGCUGUUGAGAAUAGUGAAGAUUAUAAAGAACCUACAAGUUCUUCUGAGUCCACUUCCUCCACAUCUCCUCUUUCUAGUCCUGAAAAUACAAUGGUGAAACCUUCAUCGUGCAGAAGUAGUGUUGAUAUGGUGGAUGGAUUGACUUCUAUAACUCAAGAGAUGGUUCAGCCGACUACAAUUGGGAGAUUCCAAGUGACUACAAGAAAUGACACUCAAGUGGGACGUUUUUCUGUAUCUAAAACUGAAGACAAAAUUGCUCUAAACCUAGUAGAUUCUGCCACUGCUGAUCAGACUAGAACUCCAAAAGAAUUAACAGACCAGUCUGACAUAGUUAGCACUGAGUCAAAACCUGAACAAUAUGUGCUAGCCAAUGGACCUUCUAAAACUGGAGGGGGUAGUCCAAGUGAGACUUUGCUGGGUGGCUCUGCUUCCCCCCAGUUGCAGGGAUCUAAGAUUUCCUUACCCAACCUUAGCAACUCUUGGAAGUCACCGUACAUGAGCAGCGACAAUGAUUCAGAGUUUGAGGAUGAAGAUUUUAAAAAGGAGUUGCAUCGUCUUAGAGAAAAGCACAUGAAGGAAAUUCAAGCUUUGCAUGUCCGUCAGAAGCAAGAGAUAGAGUGCCUUUACACUAAAUUGGGGAAGGUGCCCCCAGCGGUUAUCAUUCCUCCAGCUGCACCUCUCUCAGGACGGCGCCGGAGACCCACCAAAGGAAAGGGAGGCAAAUCCAGCCGCAGUAGUUCACAAAGCAGCAAAAGCCCUCUUGCGCCAGGUCCGUUACUGGCACAAAGUGCACCUUCAGUACUGGAACAGCAGCAGACUCUGCAUCCUUCUGGCACUGGUCCAGAAGAAGGGCACAAGCAGCAUCUGAAACCAUCUCCAUCUAGUGAGAACCUUUGCUCUACAUACACAAGCGAUGCUGCAAUUUCUGUUCCAAGCUUAUCUGCCCCAGCUCAAGGCUGCACAAAGUUCAACUGUGUCUCUGAAAGACUGACCUUCAAAUUUGGUGGCAGAAGGACGCGAUUUCUGAGUACGCCCUGCUUGGCUCUUUGGAAGAUGGUGAAAAAAGUGUGCCCCUGCAACCAGCUUUGUAGGACAAGCAGCACCAAUGCUGUUAACACUGGUGCUCCAUGUGUUGGCCUGCAGCAACCUACUCUGCCUGCAAGCCGUAAGGGCACCUUUACAGACGAUCUGCACAAACUAGUGGACAACUGGGCCCGUGAUGCAAUGAACCUGUCGCAGGGCAAGCGAAGCUCGAAGCAGCAGUUGCAACAACCCCAACAGCACAACUAUUGUGAUGUGAUUCCUCCGGUCAGUGUUGCAAGGAAGUUCUCCGCCCCUGGUCAGCUCUGCCCUAAUAUUACUAACUCAUUAAGUGGGCCGAUCACUGCUCCUUCGGCUACUUCCUUGGGGCCCUAUGCCAAGGCUCCCUUGUGCCCGACUCCUCAGUAUGGAUUUCCUUCUGCUCCAUACAGUGGCCAGUGGACAGGUUCAACAGGUUCAACUCAACAAGCCGGACUUCUAAUGACAUCACAGCCCCUGGGGCAGUUCCAACCAGUUAGUGCUAGCUCAUUGCAGGCCUUCCACCUCAGCACUUUGCAGAAAUCCGUCAGCAACCCCUCAGGCCCAAACCUUCGGACAACAUAAACCUUUUGCUUUGAUGAAAUUGAAAGGAAGGGUCUGAGGAUUGGAUCAGCACGGGGUUUUAUUUUAACUACAGGGAUCAGGCGUCUCAACGUAGAAUUGAGAAGGGGAAGAAGUACAUCGUAAACUUGUUUCUGUUUGUAGUAGCUGACACUGCUUCUUGUUCUAAAAUGGUCUGAAUAGCUCCACGUUUCAAGGACAAAAAGGUUCUUGUAAUUUAAAAAACAAAUACCCAUGUUACGUAACAUGUGCAUUGCAGUGUCCAGGAAUGAUUAUAGGUCAUCUAGUUUCACUGGCUACUAUACAAAUGCAAGGCUUUCUGGGGCCACUGUUCUCAACCUAAACUUUGGAUGCUAAAUUGUGCCAAGUAAGGCAAAAUUAAAAGGCAAUGCCGUGACUAUGGCUGACACUAACUUGUGAUCAGUCUACCAUUCUAGUUGCUAAAAAGGCUUGGUUAGAGAGCAGCUGGACCCACAAAAAUGUAUGUUGCUUGUCUCUAAUUUCCGCAAUCUCUCAUUAUUUCCGUUGUUUGUCUGUUAUUUCCCCUCAGCAAGACAAGGAAGUAAAAUGAAAUGAAGCUCGGAGAUUACAGUAAUGGGUUUUAAAUGGUGGUGCAUCUUCUCUAUUAGCAGCUGGCAACAUCGAGUGUGAGCAGCAGGAAAGCCUGAAUUUGAGAAUUCUGGGUUGACUGGAAUAAGAAAUCUUUGCAGCAGGAUUCUCCCUGAGAAACCCCAGGGCUCUACCUAGAAUAGCACAGAGAGCCCGUUUAAUUGUGGCUUGUGAGUGAGUGGUCAUUAAGCUUUAAAUCUGUUAUAUUACUAAAGUUAACUGCUUUUAUAAUCAUGACAGCAUUAGGGGGCCUAUUUAACUAGUUUGAUUUAAAUGUAUAUUUAAAAGAAAUAAUAAUAAAAUAAAAAGCGUUCUGUGCGGACAUGUAUUUACCCAUCAGUUUUUGAUGUUGAAACACUGUGAUUAUAUAAAUGUUGUUGGACAACAUUAGAUAAACAAAAAUGGAACGUAAAAGAUAAUUAAAAAUAAGUAAGGCUAGCUAUAUCCAUAUUCAGUACUUAUUGGAGACACUUUAACAGUUUUUUCUAUUUUGUUUUUUACUUUCUAUGUAAUAGAUCAAUAAAUGUGAAUGUAAAAUGGUUUAAAUUAAUGUACUUGAAGAACUUUAUCAUCUUCCCCAUCCCCAGUGUGCUUGCUGGAUUUAGAGUGCCUUGUUUUUCUUCUGUUCUGUGUCAUUUACUUCUGAUUGGGCUGAAAUAAUUGAAGCACUUAAGCACUAGAGGCCGAUAGAUUGGGAAAGUUUGUUUCAGCAAAGGGAAAUUCAGGAAAAGUAGCAGAAAUGGGCACUUCUGUGUUAUUAGAUGUUUGGUCAAAACCACUCAUAAAGUGGACUUUGUAGCAUGUUGUGAAAAUGAGCAGCUGGUUGAUGAAGGUUGGUGAUUUUCGGCUUAGUAAAGAGAUGGAAUGAACAUCAGGCCAAAUUACGCAGGUUUAUAAACGCAUUGCUCCUCGCCAUUUUCAAGAGGUUGUCUAGCUAGGGAGUAAUGCAGACAUAUUCUAUAGUGCACCUAAGAACCAUACACAGAAACCAUUGAGGAAACCACACAGAGUGGUCGGUGGUCUAGGUGUAUUGGUUUGGUUUGUUUUGUUUUUUUUUUAAAUCCCCUUCAUGCAUAUACAUUUGUUGACUGCAGAACCAGAAGAUUGUUUUAUAUGGUGUACGUGCAUUUGAAGCAGUUUGAGACUUUCAGGUCUGUUUUCUGACAUUUUUUGGGAUCAUCGCAGUUUCUGAGUUUGUUAGGACCUUGAGGACCACACCUAAUUUAGGAGUGCUUGUUAUUUUUUCUCUGUUGUAGCAAUCUGCUUGGGGUUUCCCUUGCCUUGGUGAUAUGAUUGACGUUCUGCCUUCCUUGCAGACAUGGUUAUUUAGAGUUUGUAGAUGAGUUUGCAAAACUACUUUGUAGUGUAACGGCAUCAGUAGGUAAGGCUGCCUUCAAUGAAUUUAGGCAGCUCAGGCUUUUUUACUUAUGAGGUACAUGGCCUCUCUUGCUGUUUGUGGAGUUUUUAGUGCUACAAGAUUUAAGUUCCCAUUUUUGGCUGUACUUCAGAGUUGGACCUUUCUAUUUAAUGAGUUUUGGCGGACAAGCAAAACCUGAACUGCUCUGUGAGGUAAUGCAAAAUAGACUCGCAAUGGUUUGGAUUGUUUGCAAGAAAUAGAACAUAUAACGAAUGUUCUUUAGUAGGUUUAUAAAACAAGGCAGUUUAAAACUUGUGCAAGCUCUUUCCCCUCCUGGUAUUUAAUGUAUAAACCAAAAAUGUCUACCUGUAUUUUAACUUGGCUAGUUAAUUAAUCCAUCAUUUAGUAUGGGAUGGGGUUUAGACCUAUAUGCCUUGGUAAUGUAUUUAUAUAUAACAAGCGUUUAAUGCAAAAAAAAAAAAAAAAAAAGAAAAUACCCUAAAUAAUAUUAAGUGUUACAAUUCUCAUAUCUUUAUUGUACUAAUGAAUUAAUUUACUGUAGGAAAAAAAAAAAAACAAACAGCUCUGAUCUUGCAUGAACUGAGAGUUAAUUGCAGCAUCUUGAUCUUUGCCAUUCUAAAGUGCAGUGAGAAGCUGCUGAUGAGUUUCAAGCCUUAUAUUGCAGUUAGCAAAGCCUAUUGGACUGGCGGUACACGGACCUGUCACUUGAAGUAGCUUGAUGGAUAAAAAGCCUGGCUUCAUUUGUGUGCAACUUUUUGUUUGCUUUUGUUUUUUUUGUUUUUGUUUUUUUUUUAAUUUUUUUGUGUUAUUUGUUUUUUAUGUUAUUUUUUAAAUUUUUCUUGUAAUAAUGCUUUGGCAGAUAGUCUUGUAGACAAAACAUUCAAAACAGUACAGUAUUAAAAGUAGAAUUGCCAGAAAGCUGUGAAAAUCCUUCAGGAAUGAUAAAGAAAGUCACUUUUUUUUUCUGUCUUUUACCUUCAAAACUAAUCCAUAGAAGUAGAUUAGUGCCAUUAUCUUUAUGGAUGAAUUGCUACUUUCUAAUCCCUGAUUUCAUGGUGAAUGCGAAGGCAGCGAUAGGCAUGAGGGGGCGCAGAGCACUGUGGGCCGUAUGGCAGUGAUGGAGAGCGGCUCCUUACCUUUGUGUGAAGGGAUGUUACGGAGUUCAAGAAUGUGUAAUUUUUUUUUAAUUCACAGAAAUUAAUUUCUGCUCUAUAACUUUUUUUUUUUUAUUUACUUUUUUUAUACCUUUCACAUAGGAAUGUGUUGCAAAGUGCCAUUUUAUGUAAAAGUGGUGUUAAGUAAAAGCUAAUACAGCAUCUCUCUAUUGAAGCUCUGCAUGUUACCUGCCUAUCAUACUUUUUCCUUCCCUGCAUAACUGAACUUAGGCUGUGCUGAUUUUUAUUUUGUUCAUUAUUUCUCCUGUGGAAAAAAAUACAGUAAAAGAAUCUGUUACUUAAUGCUACUGAGCUAUCUGUUAUUUUGUCUUGUUUUACUGAGAUUGUUUCUUAUUUCCGGAGCUUCCAGUGACUGCUGACGUCAUAAUGGAUGCUGCACCUAUUUAACAUUGUAAAAUAAGGUUCUAACAAAACAUUGUAGGGAAGUCAUCAGCAACAUUUAAUUGUAUGUUUGCACUAAAUAAAGGGUGUUCAAGCUUCAUGUAAGAUUGCGCUUUGCGCUACAAUAAAAAAAAAAUUUGUUACCUUCUUUGUAAACUUAUUAAACAAAAUGAUUCAAAUAAAA